AUUUAUAGUUUAGCUUUCAAUCCACUCUAAGCUUUUGCCUGAGUUUGAUAGGGAUGCUGUUCUUGAUAAGGCACUUCAAAAAAUGCAGCUAAAAAUGGACUUGAUUGGCAGAGUCAAGUUGCGGAAAAGCCAAAAGUGGAGAGAAAUUAUAUAUGCUUGUGGCUUUAUAAUGAGUGGUCUUCUCUCAGCAUAUAUGUGUGUGCAGUACAGAUUUUUGGUCUGGUUGGCACCAGUGAGUUAGAUGUACUAAAUGAACCAGGUUGGUGAGAGAGAAUGGUAAUUGGGAAGUAUAAUUGAAUUUGCAGUCUUAUCUCGUUAACUCUUAUGUCCCCACUCUGAAAAGCUCACGUUUUUAGUGUAAAUUUGCAUAAACUAAAACACUCUUCCUGGUUGAAGAAAUCUCUCUGAGAAGGCUUAUAGCCUAAUGGUUAGGGCAGUAGCCUAUGACUGGAGAGAUCUUGCCUCAAGCCUCCGAUCUUCCUUUGCCAGCCUCCGUUAGAUGUGUAGCUUUUCUGCUCUUCAGUUCUUUUUUUAAGUGGGAGUUAAUACACUUUCCUUACCUGGCAGGAAUGUUGCUUGAAUUAAAUAUAUGAAAGGUUUGAGAUGCUCGGAUAUGGCAAUGAUGAGGGCCACGCAGGUUCAGAAACCAUAGGCAUCUAGUGAACACAGUUCCCCUGGAAAUAAUAAUAGUGGCUGUACAGAAACAUAACUACAUUACAAAAGGGAAAAGAGGUGGCUUCUCCCUGAUUUCUGGAGUUUGUCUCUUCCAGCUAGAAACACAGCAUUUAUAUAGCUGAAGUCUUGCCUGUCCCUAGAGAUGCCUCUGGAUGGUGAGCGGCGGUGGGGUGGAUGGCACGGCCAGCCCCUCUCCAGCAGCUCUUGAGGUUCCUGGGUGCCAAUGGUGAAAUCACUUCCACCCUUGAUGCUCAGCUUUGCAACCAGCCGGGUUUUAUGUUCUGGCUUUGAAGAUGGAGUGCCUGUGACAAAUUAUUGUUGUUUACUGUUUGCACCUAAAGCCUCCGUUGUGGUUGACUUUCUGCUGAGCUUAGAGCUAUGUUCAGCAGCAGUUUCUAGACUGAAGGAAGUGGUGUGGCAAGGAUAACAAAGAGGAGGAAAGAAGACAGGAAAAGUUUGAUGUAGAAAACGCAGCACUUAAGUCACUUAGGUGUGUAACUUGAUGGUCUGGAAUUGCGUGCAAGUUGCUUGCACUUUUGUAAUAACCCAAAUAAAUAUUGGUUGUUUGCAGCUGCUGCUCAGCCUCGACACCCCUGCCUGGCUGGAUGCAGGCUGAUGCGCCCCUAGGAGCACCGCGCAGCAGGAAGAGGCAGCGGGGCUGUGCCGGGGUCAGGGCACGGGCCUUGCCUUUGCAAGGGAAGGGAAAAGCUGAAAGGCGGUGCUCCUUGAGUGUUUGGAAAAUGGAGGCUUGGUGAAGGGCAUCAUGUGGUCAAGACUAAGGGAACUUGGAAUAAGAAUUCCUAGACCGCUGGGACACGGACCAAGCAGAUUCAUCCCAGAGAAGGAGACCAUUCAGGUGGGAAACGAAGACGCCAUGAUGCACACGCUGUUUGCGGAUUCUUUUGCUACGCUGGGCCGAUUGGACAAUGUUACCUUGGUGAUGGUUUUCCACCCACAGUAUCUUGAAAGCUUUCUGAAAACUCAGCACUAUCUACUGCAAAUGGAUGGUCCACUCCCUCUUCAUUACCGACACUACAUCGGGAUAAUGGCUGCAGCAAGACAUCAGUGCUCUUACCUUGUUAACCUCCAUGUGAAUGAUUUUCUUCAUGUCGGUGGAGACCCCAAAUGGUUGAAUGGCCUGGAAAACGCACCUCAGAAACUGCAAAAUUUAGGAGAACUGAACAAAAUGUUGGCUCACCGACCCUGGCUCAUCACCAAAGAGCACAUUGAGCAACUUUUGAAGACUGAAGAGAACAGCUGGUCCCUGGCAGAGCUGAUUCAUGCAGUAGUUCUGCUCACACACUACCACUCCCUUGCUUCCUUCACGUUUGGCUGUGGGAUCAGUCCAGAGAUUGACUGUGAAGGUGGUCACACUUUCAGGCCCCCUUCCGUCAGUAACUAUUGUAUAUGCGAUAUUACAAAUGGUUACCAUGGGGUGGAUGAGAAUCAUGCCAGCCCAGCUGGAAGUAUUCCAACUACAGAGUCUGUCUGUGAAGUUGAAGCUCUUAUGGAGAAAAUGAAGCAGCUACAGGAGUGCAGAGAUGAAGAAGAAGCCAGCCAAGAAGAGAUGGCUACACGUUUUGAAAGAGAGAAGAGAGAAAGCAUGUUUGUGUGCUCUUCAGAAGAUGAAGAAUCAGCACCAGCAAGAGAUGUGUCUCGCCACUUUGAGGAUACCAGCUAUGGUUACAAAGACUUCUCCAGGCACGGAAUGCAUGUGCCCACCUUUCGUGUUCAGGAUUAUUCCUGGGAGGACCAUGGCUAUUCCUUGGUUAAUCGUCUUUACCCAGAUGUGGGACAACUACUUGAUGAAAAGUUUCAUAUUGCUUAUAAUCUGACUUACAACACAAUGGCCAUGCACAAGGAUGUGGAUACCUCAAUGCUAAGACGAGCUAUUUGGAACUAUAUUCAUUGUAUGUUUGGAAUAAGAUAUGAUGAUUAUGACUACGGUGAAAUUAAUCAGUUGUUGGACCGCAGCUUUAAAGUUUAUAUCAAGACUGUGGUUUGCACUCCUGAAAAGACCACAAAACGAAUGUAUGACAGCUUCUGGAGGCAGUUUGAGCACUCUGAGAAGGUCCAUGUUAAUUUGCUUCUGGUAGAAGCUCGGAUGCAGGCUGAACUACUUUACGCUCUGAGAGCUAUUACUCGCUAUAUGACCUGAUGCCUUUGGCCACCCAUUCAUGUCGGAAUGUUCCGCAGCUGCAGAAUGGCAGAGGAAGCUACGAAGCCUCAGGACCAACGGUAGCUAUAAAUUCAGACGCCCAUUGUGCCAUAACUCCUUUAGUUUCAGCUAUUUCAGUGUUUGGAAUAUCACUGCUGCCACUAGGCAGUGAAUGCUUGGCAGUUGAAAAGAUAGAGUUGUGCAGAAGUGCUGCCUGAUCAUGGUAUUUUGGCUUUAGACAGCACAGGACACUCUAUGAACUUGUGGCAAUAUAGCAAAUGAUAGAUAUAUAAAUCUUGUAUUAAGGUAAAUCUUGUAUUAAGGCAAAUACAACAGGAGUUG